AUACGAGCCCGCUAAGUGGGCGUGGCUUUAUCGAACGUCAACAGGCACGCACGCAAGUUGAACUCAGAUCAAAAUAAUCAUCCAGACUUUGUUAAGAUUCAUUAGAUUUAAACCCUCUGCUUAAACCUGCUCUGUUUCUUCAGGAUUAUGGAUGAGAAAGAGCACAAUGUCGGAGCCUUUGAUCCAAGCAUUCCUGAGGAGGGUCCUUCAGCGCCACCUGCAGGCUGGUUGGACAGUGUGACGGGCUACGAAGACCAUAAAGGUGGAGAUAGCACAGAUCAGAUCUACCCUCCUCCGCCUGACUUCAUUCCUGAGCCGGAGAAUGACAGGAACGUCUCCAUCCCUAAUGUGAUGGUGCCUCAAGUGUCUGAAGAUGUGGCCAGGGAGGCUUUGCUCAAGUUUGUGGGGAAAAAAUGGACAUACAGCAGCAAACCCGCCCAGAACCUUGUCUUCAAAGAUUUGAAGCCUUUUACAGUGUAUCGUUAUCGCUUGGAAACAUUUACAGAGUCAAGAUCAAGUGCCUGGGAGCAUGAGAUAUAUAAUGGUCAGUAUGUGGACGGGCCGCAGUAUGGCAUCAUCCCUCCUCCAUGGCAAGUAGAAGUGCAAUAUCCACCCAAAUUCACUGACACGGUCCAGAAAGUGCGUGUGCCUCACACCUCAUCUGUAAAGCCUUGUCAUCAGUGCCAGGGGAAAGGACGUGUGCGCUGUACACACUGCCAUAGCAGAGGAUGGAUCAGCUGUAUGUCCUGUCAUGGCGCUAUACACGGUAGGAACAGAAGAUGCGUUGGCUGCCAUGGAAGGGGAAGAAAAGUAUGUACAUGGUGCCAUGGUAACGGUCAUAAAACAUGCCGCAAGUGUAAUGGCCGUAAAAAGCUUUUGCAUUUCAUUCAGCUCACUGUCACAUGGAAGAACCAAGUGUAUGAGUUCAUACCGGACCGGCUGCCUGAUUUCCCCAUAAAGAAGUUUGAGAAAGUGUCUGGGGAAGCAUUCUUUAUAGAUGAAAGUCUCCUGGUCUAUCCAAUCGUAGGCUUCCCUGACAAGGAGAUUUGCAAUGCCUCUGAAGAAGCCAUCCAUGAGCACCUGAACAAAUACUCCACUGUCAGUCGCAUCUUGCAACAGCGACAGUCAGUAGAGCUGGUGCCUCUUACUCAAGCCUUCUACUCCUACAAUGGCAAACACUAUGACUAUUUUGUUUAUGGGACUGAAAAGAAGGUUCACACCACAAAAUAUCCAACUUCUUGCACUAUCCUGUAGCAUCUCAUGCAAUGUGAAAAAAUUAUUGUCACUUUUUUAUUGUUAAAUUCUGGCUCCUGAGCAGUACAUUACAGAGAUUAUAAUAGCUUCUUUGUUAUACGUCACCUUAUUAUUCUAUGCAUGAUGUUAAUAAUAUGUGCCAAUGAAAUGAUUUGUCAGUUAUAAGAAUUAUAAUUAUGUAUGAAUGAAUGUUUAAACAUUUCUAAUUGUAUAGUGUAGGUUUAUAUUACAUAAUACGUAAGUGUUGAGAAUCAUUAUUAAUAUUAUAAAUCAGUAAUUCAGUCUAAUGCCAAGUUGGAUCACUUUAUAUACACAGUAUGUUUUGAAUUUUUAACAAUAUGUACUAAAUAUUUAUAUACCCAUUUGUAACAGGGCUCUGAAUUUAAAUAAAUGCCACAUUGUAUGGAAAUGAA